UAGGAUUGGCAAAUACCCAUGAAUAUUGGUUCUCCGACCCUCGUCACUGGUCCUACCCCAGCCUAUGUUGCGCCUUCCCCCUGGCUGCGGUGUCUGAGCUCCGGACCCUGCUCCGCCAGAGCGCCUUUAGUUCGUCCAGCUGGCGGUGCUUGGGAUCUUUAACCGAGGACAUGGACGUGCACUGAUUUCUGUUUCUUUAUCAAAAACCGCGUUUGGAAUACAUUUUACGCUCCUACUACCGCUUCUACAUGCAUUUAGUUUGCAUUGGACUAUGUUUUAUCCCCAAAAAACAAGGUUUUUCUUUCCUUUGUUUGCAUUGAGACUGUAUAGAGGGAUCAUGGGAGGCUGACUGAACUGCCCGUGUGGUAAAGCCAAUCUCAUUUAUUUAAGAAACUUUUUGGGAGACGAAAAUGUCUUCGGCCCGGGUGGAUUACAUUGCACCUUGGUGGACUUAUUGGCUGCACAAUUUCCCACACAUAAACCUGAGAUUGCAGCCAAUAGACAACAGCUUUAAGCCCGAGGACGAGAGCUACCAGCAGUCGCUGAUCUUCCUGGGCUGCGUGGCGGCGGCCGGCCUGGGCCUCAACCUGCUCUUCCUGGCCAUCUACCUGAGCUGCCUGUGCUGCGCCCGCAGGGACGACGAGGACCCCGGUGACACCAAGAAGAAGGGCUCCUGCUGCGUCACGUGGUCCGCCGUCAGCGCCGGCCUCAUCAGCUGCAUGGCGGUAGGUGUGGGUUUCUAUGGCAACAGUGAGACUAACGACGGAGUGUACCAGCUGACUUACUCCAUGUACAACGCCAACCACACCCUGGGAGGGGUCGAUAGUCUGGUGUCGACCACCAUGGGCAGCAUGCAGCGGGGGCUGCAGCAGCACCUGGCCCGGCUGGACGAGAUCUUCGCCACGCGCGGCGACUACGUUCAGACGCUGCAGUUCAUGCAGCAGAUGGCGGACAGCGUGAUCAAACAGCUGCUGGGCCUGCCAGACUGGAUGGAGGCGGAGGUGGACCUGGCCUCGGUGGCGGACAAGACCGCCGACAUAGAGUACUACAGGUGGUUGACCUACCUGCUGGUCCUGAUCCUCAACCUGGUGAUCUGUCUGCUGUCCUGUCUGGGUCUGGCCAAGCAGUCCCGCUGGCUCCUUACUACGAUGAUGGUGUGUGGCGUGCUGACCCUGAUCCUAAGCUGGGCAUCCCUCGGCGCAGAUCUGGCCACCGCUGUGGGAACCAGUGACUUCUGCGUGGCCCCUGACCGCUACCUACUGAGCCAGACCAAGGGGAUCAGUGCCGAAAUCCUGCACUAUUAUGUGUACUGCAACCAGACUCUUUCCAACCCCUUCCAGAAGUCUCUGACGGUGUUUCAGAGAUCUCUGACCACCAUGCAGAUCCAGAUCCAGGGCCUGCUGCAGUUUGCUGUUCCCCUCUUCCCCUCUGCAGAGGGCGACCUCCAGGGCAUCCAGAACCUGCUCAACUCCUCGGAGGCUAGCCUGCACCAGCUGACCGCCCUGCUGGACUGCAGGGGGCUCAACAAGGACUACCUGGAUGCGCUGGUGGGCGUGUGCUACGACGGCGUGGAGGGCCUCCUGUACCUGUCUCUCUUCUCCAUGAUGGCCGCCUGCUCCUUCUGCAUCAUGCUGUGUGCCAUUCCGCGGGCCUGGAGACAGAUCGCCGCCAGGGAGCGGGACUACGACGACAUGGACGACGAGGACCCCUUCAACCCGCGGGCCCGCCGGGCCGGCCACGCCCCCAACCCCGCCCACCCCAACAUGCACAGCUUCUGCAGCUACAGCAGCAGCAUGGGCAGCCAGAGCAGCCUGCACCCCCCCGCCCCGCCCACCGCCCUCUCCAACGCCCCUGUCGCCCCCGACUACAUGAACCAGGUAGCUCUGUUUGGGGGGAACCCGCGCUACGAGAACGUGCCUCUGAUUGGUCGAGGCUCACCGCCCCCCUCGUACUCCCCCAGCAUGAGGGCUACCUAUCUCUCCAUGACCGAGGAACAGAGUAGACACUUUGGGAAUGACUUCCGGGCAUAGACUGUGCGUCCUCCUCCUCCUCCUCCUCCUCCUGCUCCUCCUCCUCCACCACUUUCCCAGUGCCUCCUCCUGCCUGCCUGCUUCGUGCCCCCUCCCCAACACAGAGACUCCUCAGCAUGGGACCCCCCCAAAGCAGACAACGUUGUGUCCCCCUCGGGUCAAGCCGGCGACGUGAUUGGAGGAACAGCCAUCUCACGUUUUUGGAACAAAAGUUUUUUUUGACGUCCACGAAGAGCACCACUUGAACUCGACAUGAUUGUUUGCGUCGCCUGCGUUGGUCGGAUUCUUCGGACCCGCGACUCACUUCUCAGAGACCCAAACACUUUUUACCACGAGAUAAAAGCAACAGAAACGCUGAUAUGCUGGCGACUUCGCCCUUGAUUGUCGCCCAGUGGCUUGCUGCUAGGACCAACAAUAUAGGAAAGGGUGUGCGAAGAAGGUCUGGGGUGAGGUCAAAGGUCAAAGGCUGCUUACUGUUUCCACUAAAUAACCUGCAAGCUGGAAAGGGAUGGAUGACGGAUGAGGAUGAAAAGGUCUUUGACCGGAAGGGUGAUUUCUUGAAAUACUACUGAUUCUAAACGGUGUCCAUGAAAUGAGAUGGGGAUGGAGAGAGAGCGUGUUUUUUUUUGCCUAUUAUUUCUAUGAUUCCUGUUAUUAUUAAGCUGUCCUUUUGACCCAGGGCCGAUUCAGCAGUGAAAAGAUGUUUGGUUCUCUGCCAUAAAAUUUGCCAAACGAGAUUUAUUUUCAUUGUUUUCCGAAACGAAUCAUAGAGAUCCCUUUGUUAGAUUAUAUUUUAGGCGGAUUAGAUACGAAGCAAAUAUUGCAGAACGACAGAAGUGGGAGGUUUAACAGAUAAACGUGCUUGGCAGCAACAUGUGCGUAUUUCCUGUGCGUUGUGAUUGACCUGGGUUUUCUUUUGUGAAGGCACAAAAACAAACUGUAAGCAUGUUGAAGAUAUAUCCUAAGGUGUAGCUAUCCUGUCAGUUGUUAUAAAUGUAUUACAGAUGUGCACACACAUACCCCCGCCCGCACACACACACACACACACACACACACACACACACACACACACACACACACACACACACACACACACACACACACACACACACACACACACACACAAAGACAAAUGUAUUUCUUUUUGCUAUCUCACACUGUAAAUAACAUUGACAGUACAACUAUGGACUUUUGCCUUUUGUUGUAUGAACAUAAUUUUAUUUUAAUUAUCUGUGUUUGUCCCAGUGUCACUCUUAGUAAUAAUAUAGAGUUGUGUUCUAUUCUUUGGCCUAGUUUUGGUACACAUUGCAUUUUUGAGAACCCCCUGUAUGAUGUAAUAUAUGAUACAAUCUCGUACAUAAAGUACAACUAAUACUAAAUAAUGCCAAAUGUUUAACAUGACUUUAGAAGUUGUGUUAAUCAGACUAUGAUAUAGGAUGACCAAGAUUUAGAAACUUAACCCAACUAAUUGUAUUGUCCUCAGUCUCAACUAAAAAAGCAAUAUUAUCACAUUGUUUGCCUUUGUUGUUCUCAAAUUGAUCUUAAACAGCUUACAUGUGAAUUUUGUAAUUAUUUUAUUUUUUGAUACAGUUGAUUAGGUGUUAUUUUUCCCCCAUUGCAUGUUUCACUGUCGCCUACCGCCAUGGUGCCAGCAUGGUGCUUAACUUUAUGUGAGACGUCCAUACAUAUUUGUGAACUGAAUAAAAACAACUUUUUAGUA